GCGAUAGUUUUGAAUAGGGGAGAGUGAUUGAUAAGCACUAUUUCCUAUUGUGCAAACUAGAUACAUAGACUGUAAAAUUAGAAACAGGUAUUGAAAAAUGUCCAAGUCCUUAGUGCGUUCUAUCAAAAACGUUGCCAACGGGUACUCCUCCGUCCAGGUAUUGGUUAGAAACGCCACCUCAAAUGACCCACUGGGCCCUACGACUUAUGAUAUGGAGGAAAUUGCAUCUUUAACAUAUCAAUCACAAACCGACUUCUUGGAGAUAAUGGAUAUGUUAGACAGAAGAUUGAAUGAUAAGGGGAAGAAUUGGAGACAUGUUGCCAAAUCUCUUACCGUAUUAGAUUAUUUAGUUCGGUUUGGAUCUGAAAAGUGUGUCUUGUGGGCCAAGGAUAAUCUCUACAUUGUCAAGACAUUGCGUGAGUUUAUACACUUUGACGAAGCCGACACCGACCAAGGUGCCUUGAUUCGUGUGAAGGCCAAGGAAUUGGUAUCCUUGUUGAGAGAUGAUGAACGGUUGAGACAUGAGAGAGAUUUAGCUCAAAAGUCACAAAACCCUAGUGGUAGACGUAGACGUUCAAGGGGAAACACCACCAACACAAGACCAAAUGAUGAGCCAUAUGAUGACGAAUUGCAGAAGGCACUUGAACUUUCCAAGUUGACUGCCGAAGAAGAACAACGUAGAAAUCAACCAGAGGAAACUGACGCAGACUUGGAAGCAGCCUUGAAGUUAUCAAUGGAAGAGGAAGAAAUGAGAAAGCAAAAGCGUUUACAAAACGAAAACUUGUUAGACUUGACUGAUGAGCCUCAAGGUCAACAAUACUACAUGGUGACAGGUUACCAACAACAACCACAAUUCACUCAACAACAAUUUGCUCAACAACAAUACGAUAUGUUUGGUAACCCAAUACAGAACGCAAUGCAAACUGGCUAUUACUACCAACAGCAACAACAAUAUGCUCAACCUUCGCAGCCACAAUUCACCGGAUUUAACUACGGUCAAUUCCAACAACCACAACAACCACAACAACAAGAACAGUUACAACCAUUAAAAACCGGAUCUAACAACCCAUUUGCUCUUCAAUCUGAAGCACCUCAACAGAAACCUGCUCAACCAUCGUUAUCCGAAUUGGCCAGCAGUAACCAACAGCAACAGCAACAACCCCAAUUUUUCACUCAACCAACACAACAGUUGAAGCCACAAAAUACUGCCUCUAAGUUUAACGACUCCACACACUCGGAAUUGAAUAACUUGUUGGCACAAGGUACUGGUAUAGAUACAUUCGGAAACACUGGAGCUACUAGAAUCCCACACCAACACACCAAAACUGAGCAAUUCAUAAACUCCAGUGGUACUGGAUACAAACAAUCUUAUGGAGAACAAAAGUUGAGUUCUAAUGCUACCGGGAACCCAUUUUUGAAUACCGGAAUUGGUUACCAAGCACAGAGUCAACCUCUGAGUCAAGGUCAAUCCUCUCAGCACCCAUCACAGAUCAAUCCUGCCUACACUGGAUAUGGUUUUGGAAACGCUAGCGCUGGUCAGCAGCAACAACAAGCCCAAUACCAAAGAAAUGGGACAGAUGGUCCAAGUUUGAUAGAUAUUUAGAGUACCUCUAAGCAUUUGUAUUGCAA